CCGGGCUGAGGCGCGGCCAGGCCCGCGGUGAGCGAUGUCCCUGGCGGAGCGGCGGCGGCGGCGGCAGGAGGAGGAAGAGGAGCGGGAAGGGGAAGCGGAGGAUGGGGCCGGUGCCGGGGAGGAGGUGGUGCAGAUCCGGCUGGGGGACAAGUGCUACCCGGUGUGCAAGAGGAAGCUAAUCGAGCAGAGCGACUAUUUCCGAGCGCUCUACCGCUCGGGCAUGCGGGAGGCAGGGCAGGGCCAGGAGGAGCAGCUGCUGCGCGGGGGGCUGAGCGCCCUGGGGCUGGAGCUGGUGCUGGACUUCAUCAACACGUCCUGCCUGGCCAGGCUGGAGCAGGAGGAGGGCGGCGAGGAGGAGCCGCCGCUGCUGGAGGAGCUGGUGGAGGCCGCGUCCUACCUGCAGGUCACGCCCCUGCUGCGGCUGCUGCUGUCGCAGGUGCGGCUGGGCAACUGCUUCGAGCUGCACCGCCUGGCGCAGGUGUACGGCCUGCAGGACCUGCACGACGCCUGCCUGGACUUCAUGGCCGCCCACUACCACCAGGUGCUGCGCAGGCCCGACGCCCGCCCGCACCUCCUGCUGCCCCCGGCGCUGCAGCAGCAGCUGCGGGAGCGGCGCAUGAGGGGCACGGCCACGCUCCUGCUGCUCGGGGACUUCAUGGGCGCCUGCCCGCCGGGGCUGCCCGCCGGCUGUCACCCCGCGGGGGACGCGCCCUGGGCCAUGCUCAGGUACGACGAGGAGGCGCAGCGGUGGCUGCCGCUGGCCAACAACCUGCCCGCCGACCUGGUGAGCGUCCGCGGCUACGGCUCGGCCACGCUGGACAAUUACCUGUUCAUCGUCGGCGGCUACCGCAUCACCAGCCAGGAGAUCUCGGCCGCGCACUGCUACAACCCGUGCCUGAACGAGUGGAGCCAGCUGGCCUCGAUGAACCAGAAGAGGUCCAACUUCAAGCUCCUGGCUGUCAGUGGAAAGCUCUAUGCCAUCGGUGGCCAGUCCCUUUCCAACGUGGAGUGCUACAACCCAGAGAAUGACUGGUGGAAUUUUGUGGCAUCCAUGCCAAACCCUCUUGCAGAAUUCUCAGCUUGUGAAUGCAAGGGCAAGAUCUACGUUAUUGGAGGAUACACUGCACGAGGCAGGAACAUGAGCAUCCUGCAGUACUGUCCCACUUCUGAUUCCUGGACCAACUUGGAGCUGUGCGACGUGCACGUCCGCAAGCAGCAGAUGCUGUCUGUGGAGGAGACCAUCUACCUGGUGGGGGGCUGCAUCCUGGAGCCCGGACCAAGCCAGAGAUCCAGCCCCAGUGAGGACGUGCUGACAGUGCAGUCCUACAACAUUGCCACCAAGGAGUGGCUCUACCUCAACGAGAACUCAUCCAAAUCCGGCCUUAACUUGACUUGCACUCUCCACAACGAUGGAGUCUAUAUCUUGAGUAGGAAUAUUACUCUGUCUUCCAGCUUGGAGCAGCGUCUCUUCCUGAAGUACAACAUCUUCACGGACACUUGGGAGACCCUGGGGCGCUUCCCAGCCUUUGGACAAAACAUUCUGAUCUGUUCUAUGUAUUUGCCUGAUGGGCGGGAAGUGUAACAGCACCAGGGUUUUCUUUUCAGUUCAUUAAUGGUUCUUUGAUGAAAUAUUGCUCCCUCUGAAUAAUUCCAUUUUCAGAAUGUCAUGUGGUUGCAUAAUGCAGGCAUAAAAUACUGAUUCUUUUCUCUAAAAAGGUUUCAAAUUCAGUAUGAAGAGAAAUGCUUCCAGAAACAGUUUUAAGAUGUGGAUUUGAAAAUUUUACUAGUUUGGAUUAAAAUUUCACCAGGUAUUGUUUGCAGCUUAAAUAUAAAAUUAUUGUGUUGGCAACCGAUACGGGAGUUCCAAAGGCAAAACUGAUCAGUCUGGUUUUAUUCUUCGUCUUAGUAGACAGUGUAGAACAAAACAUAUACAUUUUAAAAGUGGAAACAAUUCAAUAAAGUAAAUAAUUAGUAUAAUCAAAAUCACAACAGGAUUUAUUUCUUUCAAAAUACAGUUUUUACUCAAGCAAUGUUUUGUCAAAUGCACACUGUUUCAAGUUGUUUAUACUAUUCCAUUUUUUAUCUCUUCCAUGGCAGCAAGUGAGAUUCUCAAAGAUGCUAGCAACUGGGGUCCCAUCAAGAACUUUCUCUGAAUUAUUUGUAGUGCAAUGUUUUGCCAGGGACUGGUAGGAAUUACCUAGAGGCUGCAAUUGCUAAUUGGAAAGUAGAUGCUCCUUUAAUGGAAGUUGGCAGCAUUUCUUGCUACUAUUAAGAUAGAGGUAAAAAGGCUCUUUAUUCAAAGGCUGGAGUUUCCUAAUUGUCAUAAAGGUUUGAGUCUUGGUCACCUUGUUGUGUUCUGUGGUGCUUAAAACUGAGUUUUAAAGAUCAAACUGCUGUUGGCAGCAAGCUGUGUGUUGUGAAGAUGUCCCUGAGGACGUGCAGAGGUGAUCCUGCUCCAGGCACAUCCUGAUUUUAACACUCCUGUGGGACACACAUGGAAGGCUUGGCUCUCAUAAAUGAUUCCCUGAACACGUCCCCCAGCAUGGGGACAUGUGAGUGUUGGUUCUUUCUUGUGUCACCAGGGAAGGUUGCCUCAGGUUUGCCACCCAAUGUUGUACUUUCAUAAAGGGCACUGUAAGGUGGUCACUGUGAACACUCCUUUUUGAGGAUCUGCAGUGGAUACUGCGGGAGCUUCUCCCAGUUCCUGCCUCUUGCCUGGCAGAACUGCAGCCACGUUGGCCCCUUUUCUCCUUGUAGUUCAUGAGUGCAAAAGAUCUUCUUGAGAUGCCUGCCCAGCUCUGGAGAGUGUGUCCUCACAACAAGGAGAGGAAAAGCUCUGGGUCACCAUGAGAAGAGCCAUGUGCUAAACACAUUGCAGGGAUGCUGGUUCUGCACCAUCUGUUCACCUUCAUAAGAUGAGGUUUAAAGCACCUGAACACAUUCCUAAUGUGUGGAGAUGUCUUUUUUGUUUCUUCAUUAAAUUUCACGAAUCUGAAUCUUCUUUUGAAGACAGGGGUCUGCUGUACAGAGGAUGAGGCAGCAAUGGUUCCCUCAGGGUCCUUGUAAGUCCCUGCUUUUCCACAGUUUUGAAUGAAAUCUGUUCUUGCUAAAGUGCCUUGCCAGUCACUGUUCACACAUUAAUCUUGGUGCUUCCAAUCACCUGUAGCAACCCAAAACAGAAAAUCCCAGGAAACUUAUCCAGAAUGAGGGUAUUUGUGUUUGAACACUUUCAGGAUGAAAGCAAGCACGACACAAGGUAUUUUGGAUGUCUGAGAUUUACCUGUUUGGGUGGAACUUUUGCAGCCUGGUGGAGAAUGUCGUGCCUCAGCCCAAACUGGUGCCUGCCACUCAGCUCUGUCUGACUUCAAUUAGCUAAGUCCAUGUUGAUUUGUUUUUAUUUCCUUUGAAGACGUUGUGCAACUGCUGUGUUUUGACAGCAGUAUCACCACACAAUUGCUCUUCUGCAAUGAAGCAAUUAGGUAACUUUUAUAAGAUGCUUCUUCCAGAAGUGUUUUAGAAUAAAUAUCAGCAGGGUGCCAUUACCUGGUGAUAAAUUAUCUCAGUCACAUUAUGCUAUUGCUUUCCUAAAUUUCUGUUCAGUUCCAGAUUCAGUACUCUACAGCCAACUGUGACCAAUAUUGGUGGAGGGAACCACAUUCAAGUCACAUCCAAAUUCUCUUUCCUAGCAAAUUAACCAAGAAACCCUGCCACUCCUGGGUUUGCAGUGUGGUGUAUCAAAACAAGUCCUUUCAAACCCAUUCAUUUAUUAGUGCAGUCAUAAUUCCAAAAACUAUGACAUCAUCUUCUUCAUGUGAUUACUCUUUUUCAGAAGAGGCCUUUCACACUGGGUUUAUCUUGGUUUCAACUUCCAGCAAUCAAGUGACCACCUUGAAAACCUGCUCAAAUGCAGAAGACAAAGAUGUGUCUGACUGUAUUUACAGUCAGACCCUUUUGUCAGUCCAUGGUGCAAAUGCUUUCUACACUGACGUCUAACAGUACUGCAGUCACAAAUCAAAACUGGUGUUUAAUUUACUGGUAGCAUUAAUUAGUGUAAGAAUCUAAAUGUACUGCAUUACUACAGGCUGAAAUAAAAAUAAAUGCUUUUUUUUCAACAAAAUCCUUUACAGAAAAGUAUGCAGUGUGUGUGGC